AAACAGGCAGUCCCCAAGCACCAAAGCACAAGCAAAGCAGGCAAGCAAGCAGGCGACAUUGAGGCAAGCAACGGCUUCUGACUGUCAUCUACCCGGCCCGGUGCAAUUUUUCUAAAAGUCACCAAGUUCAGCUCAGAUCGAGGACAGUCCUGGCUCCAGCAGGCCUGCCUCCAGCCAUCACCUCUUUGCCAAUGAGCCUCGUGCCCUUUCAGCUUGCAUAAGGGCUGCCUUCAUUUUCCCCCUUCCCGCCAGCCAGCUCAUUCCACACGGCCCAAAACUGUUGCUGCCCCUACCACUACCACCACCCUCACUCACGACGGCCCAACCCCAGUGUGCAUUGCAUUUUGUGCCUGCAUGCACGUGCGCACACACCCCUCCACGUCUCCAGGCGGCCCAAGGUCCAAGGCCCAACAUCCAAGGCGCGUUUUGCCUGCCUGAGCACACACCCGUGCCCGCUGCUGCCGCUGCCUCUGCCGCUAUGCCUGACGAUGACCAGCCUCAAGCUGUCAGUGGUGACGUCCCAGAGCCUGAGCCUGAGCCUGAGCCUGAGCCUGAGCCUGAGCCAACCCCAGCCCCCGAGCCGUCCCCCCAGGAUGUUGAUUUCGUCACCUUGGGAAUGUUUAUCAUUGGUAUGUUAUGUGCACCAUGUGCCUGUGUAUAUUUUGUCUCGCUCUCUCUUUCCGCUCUCACAGCCUGCCUUUGUCAGCCUGACUUGGUCACACAUCUCCUGCUUGUGUUUCGUGUUUCGGCCUGAUUGAUUGAUUGAUCGAACGAGUGAUGGCCUGCUUGCUGCUGCUGCUGUCCAACCUCCCAUGUUCACCAUGCUUUCCUUUCCUUGCUUUCCCUUCCCUUCCCUUCUGUCCCUUUUCCUUUGCUCUGCUGUCCAUACCUCCUGCGCCUCACAUGCCUCUUAUGCUCUUCUUCCUGGCUCAGCCAGAGAGUAGCUUUUGCCUCUUUCUCAAGGCCAAGUCCUCCUACCCAUCUAUCCCCGUACUAUCGGGAUGUCAUCUCCUGUUCUGAGCGAUACCACCAUGCUGCAUGCCGCCCUCAGCCUGGUUGCCUUCCUCUCAUAUCUAUGUCACUACUACCUCGCAAAACCCUAUCCUUCUUGGCUGCUGGGCCCCUUCCGGUCCCGGGAUCCAGAACAUGACCACACCAAAACAGAAGCUGACCCCCAACAUGAAGACGACAUCGAGUAUAUAGCCCCCAAGCCUCCCCAGAAGGACGUUUUAGGUGGUGCCGGCUCCUAUGCCGCCCUUGGCGCCCGCCUCUUCUCCCCAGGGCCCAUCCAGUCAAAGUCCGUUGGGUGGAUAGUUGACCAGGGCUCCGACUUUCCCCCAGCCAUAACGACCCUCAUCGAUAGCUGGGAAACGGCCGCACUUGUGCGCCAUGACCCUGACAGGAAGUGUACUCGCGGAUGGAACGGAUAUGUGGACGAUAACGAGACCAGAGCCUUCAAGUACACUACGCCUAAGAAGCGUCUAGUGGCCUCCGACUUGAGCGGCUCGCCGCUGCUGCAAGCACGUUCCUUCCACAUCAUCUGCAGUCCCUCGAGGUGUCGGGAGCUGGUUACAGAGCUGCUGACCCUGCGGAAGGAAGAGGCCCCGCCCGAGGACGACGAGGGUCGUGGGGGUUACUCGAGGCCUAUCAUCAUCUGGGAGCCAGUACCUGACCUUUGCACGCCUGACGAGCUUCUCAACCUGACCAACUGCCUGCCCCUCGUGGACGUCUGCAGUCCAAACCACUCGGAGCUUGCUGGCUUCAUGGGCGACACUGGUAUCGACCCCGAGACAGGCGAGAUCAGCACCGUCGCCGUCGAGCAGGCCUGCGAACAGCUCCUCGGCUCCAUGCCCCUUUCGAGCUUCACUCUCGUGGUGAGGGCCGGCGAGAAGGGCUGCUAUAUUGCCAAGAAUGGCGGCCGCAAGAACUCGAAGAAAAGUGGUUCGAAGCAGCGGAAGAAGGUCCAUGCCGCACACGGCGGCCUACAACCUGACACCGACAUGAUGAGUCUCUUCGCAGGCCUUCUGCAGCAGUCCGCCACCGGUGAGGACGGCGGCGACGAGGACGGGACCGCUACCUUCAGCUUCAUCCAGGACGAACUCGACGAGGUGGACAUCGACCCUGGCCUGGACAAGUGGGUGCCCGCCUUCUUCACCAAAGAGGAUGCUGCUGCGGGGAGGGUCGUGGAUCCCACCGGCGGCGGGAACACCUUCCUCGGCGGCCUGGCCGUUGCGCUGGCGAGAGGUAAGGCCAUGGAGGAGGCCGCGUGCUGGGGUAGCAUAGCCGCAAGCUUCGCCAUCGAGCAGGUUGGCGUCCCUGAGCUGGGGAAGAAUGAAGAGGGCGAGGAGACGUGGAACGGCGACCGAGUGCAGGACAGGCUGGAGGCUUUACAAGCACGCCUUGAGCUACCGGCGGAGUAACGUUCCUUGUGAGCGUGACGGGAAGUGGGAGGGUAGGAAGCGGAAG